AUGUGCGUCGGCUUUUGCUUUUCCGUUGAUGACCUCUUUGCCGCCCUCAAACUCGUCCGCACCGUCAUCAACACCCUGCGUGAGGCAUCGGUGUCGGGCGCCACGUUUUGCGAGCUUCUCCAAGAGCUGCUCAUCCUGAUAACGACGCUGGCGUACGUCACACGCCUCGACUUCGAUAAUGGAAGGCGCCCGGAGAAAAUUGCGCUGCGACAGGCCGCGGGGCAAUCCCGACGGACCAUCGAUGAGUUCUGGAUUAAGAUGGCCGAGUACCAACCUAAUCUGUUAUAG